AGCAUUUCGCCAGAAUAAUCCAAGGUGGUUUUCCUGGUGCCGCGCUCACAGAGACGGUGUCCCUCCCGGUGCAAGCGCGCGCAAGGAUGGUGAACCUGGUGGAGGCGCAGAAGCCGCUGCUGCACUUCCUGGUCCGGAGGGCCGGGCUGCGGCAGCACACCGUCGACGUCGACGGCGCCGGCACGGUCAUCACCUUCUGGGUGCCCAAGGACAUGGUGCCCAGGGACAAGCCCACCGUGCGGGACGUCACGCCCGGGGCAGCUGCCAAGACCACCAGCAGCAACAAGCUGCCGCCGCCGGCCAAGAAGGACAGGCCCGCCGUCGUGCUCGUGCAUGGCUUCGCCGCCGAGGGCAUCGUGACCUGGCAGUUCCAGGUGGGCGUGCUGGCGAAGCACUACGACGUGUACGUGCCGGACCUGCUCUACUUCGGCGGCUCGACGUCGCCGUCGGCGGACCGGUCCCCGGGGUUCCAGGCGGAGUGCCUGGCGACGGCGCUCCGGAAGCUGGGCGUGGGCCCGUGCGCGGUGGUCGGGUUCAGCUACGGUGGGAUGGUGUCGUUCAAGAUGGCGGAGGCGCACCCGGACCUGGUGCGAUCGCUCGUGGUGUCGGGCUCCGUCGUGGCCAUGACCGACUCCAUCAGCGAGACGACGCUGGAGCGGAUCGGCGUCAAGUCCUCGGCGGAGCUGCUGCUGCCGGAGUCCGUCAGGGGGCUCAAGGCGCUGCUCUCCAUCGCCACCCACCGGAAGCUCUGGUUCCCCGACCGCCUCCACAGGGACUACCUCGAGGUGAUGUUCACCAACCGCAGGGAGAGAGCGGAGCUGCUGGAAGGUUUGGUGGUCAGCAACAAAGACGCCACCGUGCCCGUCUUGCCGCAGAAAAUACUUCUGCUGUGGGGGGAGAACGACAACAUCUUCAACAUCGAGCUCGCCAAGACAAUGAAAGAGCAGCUGGGUGAGAAGACGAUGCUGCAGAGCAUAAGCAAGGCAGGGCACCUCGUGCACCUGGAGAGGCCCUGCGUCUACAACCGACGACUCAAGGAGUUCCUGGCGUCGGUCACGGCCACAGAAAACCCCAAGCAGUGACGACUGGGGAGUCUACAGCUCUGUCUGAAAGGAAAAAGAGAAGAGGCUGCCAGCACCCAAUAUCUAUUGUAUUGUUGUUUUGGGACGACUUGUGUGAGCACGAGCCUAAGUGCAAGAAUAGACGCUACCUCCCUUGUACUAGUUGGUUUUAUUGAUUUGAUUGUUGUUCAAGAUGAGCAUACUCUACAAACAGAAUUGCAGCGGAA